UCUAGCUAGCCACACAAACUCUCCACAUCUCCCUACAAAUACAUAUGCAAGCAUCGCUCAAGCACUGAUCGAUCGCAAUGGCCAGAUCGUCGCCGCUGUUCCUGCUGGGAGCCGCGCUCGCCGUGGUCGCGGUGGCGGCGGCGACGCUCCCGGCAGCGACGGAGGCCGCCGGGUGGGCGCCGGUGGCGGACGUGCAGGAGCUGGUGAUCCAGCAGGUGGGGCGGUUCGCGGUGCUGGUGUACAGCCUCGCGCACCACACGGACCUGGCCUACGUGGGCGUGGCGCGCGGCGAGACGGAGGCGGCGGCGGGCGGCGCCGGCGGCACCAAUUACCGGCUGGCCGUCGCCGUCACCAAGCCCGACGGGAGCGCCGCGCAGUACGAGUGCCUGGUGUGGGGCGUGCCCGGCUCCCGCCUCGACACGUGGAAGCUCCGCAGGUUCAGGAGGAUACAGUUGCCCUGAAGUACGUACGCUGUACACACGACCCGAUCGAUCGAACGACAUGCCAAACUCAAAUACUCAAUACAUACAACCCAUUACGACCUCAUUAUACAUCGAUAUCGGUUAAUUCAAGCUUGGAUGAGCCGAAAUUAAACUGUACUAGUAGCUAGCAUGAUCGUGCUCUCUUUUCAUUCAUGUUCCGGUGUUCGUGGCCAUUUCUCGCACAAGAGGUGGGCAUGCAAUAAGGUUUCUCCUUUGUCAGGAGGUCACAUAUAUUUUUUAGUAGUAUCAUUUUCACACUCGAGUUAUAUAUUUGCAUAA